AUGGUGCGGCGCGUGGUGGUGGUGGGCGCCGGCGUCAGCGGGCUGGCGGCCAUCAAAUGCUGCUUGGAAGAGGGGCUGGAGCCCACCUGCUUCGAGCGGAGCGAGGAUGUCGGGGGUCUCUGGCGCUACACGGACCAGGCAGAGGAUGGCAGAGCUAGCAUCUACCGGACCGUCUUCACCAACUCCUGUAAAGAGAUGAUGUGUUAUCCUGACUUCCCCUUCCCCGAUGACCAUCCCAACUACAUGCACAACACCAGGCUCCAGCAGUACAUCUGCAAGUACGCCCAGCACUUUGACCUGCUCCGGCACAUACAGUUCAAGACCCUGGUCACCAAGGUUAAAAAACACCCCAACUUUUCUGUGACGGGGCAAUGGGAGGUGGUGACCCAGAGAGAUGGGAAGGAAGAGAUGGCAGUUUUUGAUGCUAUUAUGAUUUGCUCUGGGCAUCAUGUCUACCCAAACCUCCCCCUCGCUGACUUCCCAGGAAUACAGAAGUUUAAAGGCCGCUACUUUCACAGCCGAGAGUACAAGGAGCCAGAGCAGUUCAGAGGGAAGAAAGUGCUGGUGAUAGGCUUGGGCAACUCCGGCAGUGACAUUGCUGUGGAACUCAGCACUGUGGCAUCGCAGGUCUACCUGAGCUCCCGAAGUGGGUCCUGGGUGAUGAGCCGUGUCUGGGACAAUGGCUACCCCUGGGACAUGCUGAUCAUCACUCGUUUCCGGACCUGGCUGGGGAACAUCCUCCCUAGGGUGCUCAGUGACUGGCUGUACGUGAGGGGCAUGAACCGGUUCUUCAAGCAUGAGAACUUUGGCCUCAUGCCACUGGACAGAACUUCCCGCAAGGAGCCGGUGUUCAACGACGACCUUCCAAGCCGCAUUGCCUGUGGUGUGGUGGUGAUGAAACCGAACGUGAAGGAGUUCAGAGAGACGUCUGUCUUGUUCCAAGAUGGGACUGUGCAGAAUGAUGUUGAUGUGGUUAUCUUUGCCACUGGUUACAGCUACUCCUACCCUUUUAUGGAGGAUGACUCCAUCAUCAAAUGCAGGGACAAUGAGGUCACCCUCUACAAAGGCAUCGUCCCUCCUCGACUGGAGAAGCCAACCAUGGCAGUCAUAGGGCUGGUCCAGUCCCUUGGAGCCAUCAUUCCAACAGCGGACCUCCAGUGCCGCUGGGCACUCAAGGUGUUUCAGG